AUGGCCACCGUUAACAUUCGCCGGGAUGUCAGCGACCCCUUCUACCGUUACAAGAUGGAGCGCUUGCAGUCCAAGAUCGAAGGCAAGGGUAACGGUAUCAAGACCGUCGUUGUCAACUUGAACUCCGUCGCUGGAUCGCUCAGUCGCCCUCCUUCCUAUGUGAUCAAGUACUUUGGAUUCGAACUGGGUGCUCAGGCUAACGCCAAGCCGAGCGACGACCGUUGGAUCAUCAACGGUGCCCACGAUUCCAACAAGCUUCAGGAUUAUCUCGAUGGCUUCAUUGCCAAGUUUGUUCUCUGUAAGAAGUGCAAGAACCCCGAAACCGAUGUCAUUCUCAAAGAUGACCACAUCAUCCUGGACUGCAAGGCUUGUGGACAGCGUUCCGAUGUGGAUCCUCGUCUGAAGCUGAGCACCUUUAUUAUACGCAACAGCACUUCUGGCAAGGGAGGCAAGAAGAACAAGGCCGACAAGAAGGCCCGCCGUGAGAAGAACAAGGAGAAAAACGACGGUGCCGCCAAUGGAGACAAAGAUGGCAGCCAGGGAGACAGCAACUCCGACAAUGGAGGAGAAGCCGAGGAUAUUGGCAUUGAAGCAGGCAGCGAUGAUGAGCUUACCCGCCGCAUCAAGGCUGAAGCUCAGCAAAUCGAGGCUGACGAGGCCGAAGAUGAGCAAUGGGCUGUUGACGUGUCGGAAGAAGCCGUCAGGGCUCGUGCCAAGGAUCUUCCCGACGAUCUGAAGCGUUCCCUUGUCAUCGAAGACGAUGACGAGGCCGAAGGUGGUUCUUCCUACGACCAGCUUGGUAGCUGGGUCAUGAGCGUGGCUGAGGAGAAGGGCAAUGUCCUCAAUGUUGAAGAUAUUGACAUCUACAAGAAGGCCAAGGAGCUCGGCAUCGAGUCCAAGCACAAGACGCUCACUGUUCUUGCUCAGACCAUCUUCGACAAGAACUUCGCCAAGCAGAUCCCCAAGCGGGCUUCGCUUCUCCAGAAGUUGGUCACUUCGGAACGUCACGAGAAGGCUCUUCUCGGUGGUACUGAGCGCUUCGUUGGCAGCGACCACCCCGAGCUCAUUUCCCAGAUCCCUGCCAUCCUUCUCGGUUACUACCAGAAUGACAUUGUCUCUGAGGAGACCCUCAAGGCUUGGGGCGCCAAGGCGAGCAAGAAAUACGUCGACGGCCAGACCAGCAAGAAGGUCCGCAAGGCCGCCCAGCCCUUCCUCGAAUGGCUCGAAAACGCCGAAAGUGAGGAGGAGAGUGACGAGGAGGAGGAGUAG